AUGACGGGUCGAAUUCUUAUACGAUCAACACAUAUAAUGCCUCAAAAUCGCCAUUUAUCUCCUCCCGCCGGAACCCUAAAUCCGGCGGAACCAACGGCGAGAACCCGGAAAAAGUCGUUAUCGAACGUCGGAGAAGUCGCCGGAGGAACAGCGGCGAAUUGCGUAGUGGUAUCAUGUUGUUGCCCUUGCGUUUUAAUGGAGUGUUUAAUCUUGGCCGUUUAUAAAGUACCGGCGUCUAUCUGCCGUCGGAUGUGGCGGAAGAAACGACAAAAAUUGUUGAUGAAGAAGAAGAAGAAGAAAAGGGUGUUGGUUGAAGCGAAAGAGGGGGGUUCUAGUGUAGGUGAGGCGCACAAUAAGAAUUAUGUGGAUGAAGUGUCGGAUUUUGAUUGGAAGGCUUUUGAGAUGAUUAAAGUUUCGACGGAUGGUUCAGCGGUUGAGUUGGAUAAACAGAUGUGGGACCGCUUUAGUAAUACCGGGUUUUGGAGAAGCCCUUCUCAAAGAUAUGAUGAUGAUGAUGAUCAAGUUGUUUGUCAAGUUUGUGAUCAUGAUCAAUGA